GUCCCUGGCUAGAACACAUGGUUAUGCUGCCAUCGUGUGGUAUGUCCAAGGUAUGAGCAUAAGGUAACAUAAACCAACACACAGAAUGUGAGGCUUUGCUGUGAGCCAGAAAGGUAAGAAUUCAUACAAAAAACAGGUGAGAUGUCAAAAAAUGUUCUGAAUCUAUAUCCAUCACACUCCCUUUCCUUCUGGCUGAAUGACACCUUGAUGACAAAAGGCCUGUGUAUAUUUUGCCACCUAACCUAUUGCUCACCAAAUGUAUUAACCAAGAUUUUUUUUUUUUUUUUUUUUUUUGGUGUAACAGAAAACGCAGAAAGAUUAUUUUCUAGCACAACAAAAUGUCUAAAAACUUAAAUAGAUGUCAACGUUUUGGACAGCACCGAUGGAGACUUGGCCAAUGUACAAUAUCUAAAGAUCUACUUACACCAAUAGCUUUAUUUCUUGUUCCACCAAGAAUUUCGUAGAUUGAUUAUCUUACCAUGUUUUAUUUUACCCGUUAGAGAUGAAAAUAAAAACCGUAAACCCCGUAAUUUUUUCUAAUUAAAACUGUUAAUUAUUAACGGUUUAUUUUGAAGGGUCGUACCGGAAGUUUGUUGUAUUCACCUUUACACCUGCAAUGAGGCAAAAGUAGCCGUUUGUGCUCUAACGUUAACAAUCCCGCUUCGAGGGAUUCACUUUAGUACAGGUUGAAUCUUUUUUAGGGAGAAUUGUCUGCAUUUAGUUUUAGUUGUUUAAUUUUGACGCAAAACACCUGUUGUGACGGAGAUGAUGACGAUGCCCAGUAACCGUAGCAACAGUAAACGUCCCUCAACGGUAACUCAACUCAGCUUGAUCCAAGACGAAAGCUGGCAACGUUCCAAUGAAGACAAGCUCAGUAUAAAGGAGUUGUGUACAAGCCGAAUGAGUAUUGUCCAAUGAUGUCUGCCGAAAUACCAAUAGAGAGAACGUAUCAGAGGACAUGCAUACACUCAAAUCAGUCAGUUCAGUCUCCUGCACCUGUCCCACCCACUUCUGGAAUCAGCGGGGUGGAGCAACAAGGGGCCAGACUGGGCCCGCGGGCCUUUCAGGGUGAACCAGUGAUGGGCAAAACUCACCCUUACCUCUCCUCUCUCCUGAGCCCCGAUGAUGCUAUUGGACAAUACCAGCCAACUGCUGCGAAACUGGGUGCUGAUGCCUUUCAGGCCGUAAAUCAGACUAUGCAACAAGCUCCAGUUCAUCCAUAUGAGGUGGUUCAGCAGCAAAUUGAGCAGAUCCACAAGGUUCUACAGGAGCAGGGUAGACUGCUGACUCUACUAGGAACAGAUGCAUUUAGAGCCAAAAAAGAUACAGCAGAGCAGAGACACUUACCUAUCAUCACAGGGACUGACCAGACUGUACACAGAGAUGGAGACCAGGACCCAGUCAGUCCCUCUGGAGUGCGGAACAUCCUGCCUGCUAACCCUGAAGACAGAUCUGCUGUGAGGGAGAACGAAACCUUCAGGGAGUGUGUAGAGGUGCAGCUGGAAACGCAUGAAAUCUCUGAGCCAAAACAGCUGCAGAACCUCAGUGGGAUGAUGAGGUCCACAGAGAGACGUUACUUCUUGCGGGAGGGUGAGGGCAUAUCCAGAAUGGACAGAAAUAAUUUCAAGGUCACUGACCAGCAGGAGGUCCAGAGGAGGGCUUCCCUCAGCCCGCAGCAGCCCAGCAAGAAGUUAACCUCUGGCAUCCAGAGGCACUCCUCUGCCCCAUCUAUGUUCUUUAAAGAAGAAGGAACACAGCUUGAAACCUUCCAAUCUCUGACCUUUCAGCCUGAGCAUAGCCGAGAGUUUGGGACUUUACAAACAGAGAUCCAGGCACAGGCUGAGGUCGUUUCCCUGGUCUGCCGCCAAGAACAAACUUACUUCAACACUCCUCUCCUGCCCCAACCUGAAACUCCGCCUUUCCAAUUAAAAGAGAUCACUGAUAUUCCUACAACAACAGAAAGAGAAGAGAAAGUUUGCCAUUUACAAGAAAGAAACAAGUCCAGAGAGAAAUCCCAUUUGGAAGAAAAAGAGAACAGUGAUAACCCUCAUUCAAGAGAGACAGAAUGCAGAAUUAAUCAAUCACUCUCUAAGCCGACAGCCUCUGUUAGCAAGUCUUUCAGCGAUAAAAGGGUGAGGCACCAAGAAAUGGGUGGAACUGCAGGAAAAAUUGACGAAGACGAGGUGAAAGGUCAGUUUGAAUUCACAGCACCUUAUAGAAAUAUGGCUGUGAGCUCAUCUGGUGCCACCUCAGAGGAUCAAUGGGAACAAUCCCUGCAGCAGCACAACACACAUGUCUGGACACCCAAACAUCCCAGCGCUGUGCAUGAAUCAAAUUUAGUGCAACAUUUCAACAUUUCCCCCCCUUUGAGGGACAACAUAGUUUCCCCUUGGGCCUCGAAAAAUCAGGAAGUUAUUGUUAGUUUUAAGACCAUGAACGACCACAUGGAGAGAGUCUCAAGCUUUAACAUGGAAACUCUAUCCACAGGCUGUGAUGAAACAAUAACACAUUUUGAUCUCUGCCAGUGCAGCAAAUCAAGACCAGGAAGCAACACAGGCCCAAAUUGGGUCGAAGGUCAAAAACAAGCUACAACAACAGCAGCAGCAUUUUGUCUUUGUGCGCCAAACAACACAAGUCAAGCCUCAACACCUCUGAAAUGCAGUACAUUUCCCAUGCACUCCACUACAAGAAACAUUAGUGGUAGUGGUAGUAGCAGUGAGGAUGAAGAUAACCCACCCUCCCAGUGUCACCAGUUUCCCAAGCUCCCAUCCCCUUCUCCCUGCCUUGGCCUCCAUGAUUCCCACUUAAACCUACCGGACCAGAGUCUUGGAUCUGGACUGGGGCCUCAGCAACAAUCCUUUUCCUCUAGCUCCAGCAGAGAUGAUAAAACUCAUGAUGGGGGUCAGAAAAUGUUGAACAUACACUCACUGAAACCAGAAAGGAAACCUGAUGAUCCUGAUGAAUCAAAAAUGGCACAAACACCAUGGGGAUUUCACAGAGAAAGACAGGAUCAGAAAGAUGAGCUGAGGAGGGGCUGCAAAGGAGAUAACAUCCUGUCUGACAGAGAAGAGAGUCAGGUCACGAGAAAUCAACACAGUCUGCACAAACUGGAAUCCAGCGAAGUUCAGGCCCUCAGGCAGCAGCUGGAGGCCCUUCAGCAGCAGUUUAAGCAGAGAGAGAGUGAUUGGUCUGUAGUUCGAUACCAGCUGGACAAGCUGAUCAGAGAAAACUCUGAGCUGAGGAAGAAACUCACAGUUAGGCCACAGUGCUGUCCAGUGGCCGGCCGACGUACUGCACAAACACACACUGUGCACCAGGAGGGACAGACGGAGAUGGAACAACUUCUCUCUAAUGGGUGCAGCCUGGAGACUUUCACUAACGGGACAAGGAAAGUAAUUUCUGCAGACCAGAAGACAAAAACAGUCACAUUCUUCAAUGGAGACAUGAAACACAUUUUGGAAGAUGGGAAAGUGGUGUAUUACUAUGCUGGCUCACAGACAACACAUACCACCUACCCAAGUGGUCUGGAGAUCCUUCACUUCGCCAACAGGCAGAUUGAGAAGCGACACCCUGGGGGGAAAAGAGAGAUCUUAUUUCCAGACCAGACCAUAAAGUAUUUGGAGCCUGACGGCAGCGAGAAGACAAUCUUCCCUGAUGGCAUCAUCGUUCGCCUUUCACCGUCAGGUGAGAAGAUGGUCGAUUUCCCCAACGGUCAGAGAGAGAUCCACACUUCCCAGUAUAAGAGGAGAGAGGAUCCUGAUGGGACAGUUAAGACCAUCUACUCCAACGGACGACAGGAAACCAAGUACGCCUCAGGCAGAGUACGCAUCAAGGAAAAGGACAAAGUAACCAUCUGACAUCUUAAAUUAAUGUGUGUGUGUGUUCAUAUGUGUAAGUAUGAGAUGGAGAGUGUUGUGUGUUUGGGGGUGUAGUGCUGGCAGGAAAUACCUUUCCUUUGUUUCAAAUGUGGAGGGAUGUGGAUUAGAGAUGUUCUAACUUUGUCUUUUAUGCUUAUGUAGCAAGUAAUUUAUUACUAACUAUUUAUUUUAAAAAGGUAGAGAGCUCAUUAGAUCUUUAAAGCUGGAAUAUGCCUCUGAGUAUGUGUGUCAGUACACCUGAUGAGUAUAUGGAUACAUAUAUAUGUUGAUCUCCUGUUCUGAUCAAUGUGCCAACAGUUGUCAUCGAUCUUAAUGAGUUAUCUAAUAACUCAGUGAUAAUGUAGCACAGUUAGAGCUCUGCUAAAGCCGACUACAAGACUUUGAAAAUCUCAGAGUUACUGUACCACAACACGUUUUUUUUUGUAUCCAAAUUGUUAAUGUGAUGUGUGCCUGACGGGUGCGAGCGUGGGUUCUUUGUAAACUUGAGGGGUUUAGUCUCAGAUCAAAGAAAUUUAAAACUUCUGAGACAGGCAAAUCGUGGCAAGUCUUGUAAUCUGCGCUAGCCCUAAAUGAAACCUAGUGUUCAGCAAGAUGGUGCCAGAGUGAAAAAUCAGUGCAAUACAAAAAAAUGUGAUUUUAUCUUUGUUGAAGAAUUGUUACUCAUACUGACAGUAAAUAUGUUAUAUAUUAUAUAUAAAAAGUUAGAUUAGUUAAAUGUCUUAAAACUAAUACACAACUCACUAAUAAAAACAACUGAGAAGCGA